AAUUUGUCAGCGAUGGAACGUCGGUGGCAGAGGUGCGGCGGCGUGUCCAGUGAUAAACUGGAUGUCAAUUAGCGGAGAACUUUCACCGGUGAGCAGCUACACCCAGCACAAGAUUUUGUGCCUUUUGCCUGUUACCGAAGAUAAAAGAUGGAGUGGCGCCAGCAGACCAGUGUCAGCUGUGAAGAUGCGUUCAGCGAGGCUCAGCGUUGGAUUGAGGAAGUGACUGGAAAAUCAUUUGGUUGCAACGACUUCCGUGCUGCCUUAGAGAAUGGUGUCCUGCUUUGCGACUUGAUCAACAAGUUGAAACCUGGCAUCAUUAAGAGAGUAAACAGGCUUUCUACCCCCAUUGCUGGCCUUGAUAAUGUGAGUGUAUUCCUGAAAGCCUGUAGCAAACUGGGACUGAAUGUGUCACAGCUGUUUCAUCCAGGAGACCUGCAGGACUUGUCCACUCGUGCAACACUCAGGCGAGAUGAAAGCAACAGAAGACUCAAAAAUGUUCUGAUCACAAUCUACUGGUUGGGUCGCAAGGCUCACCUGGACACAUUCUACAGUGGUCCUCUGCUUAACUUCAAGGCCUUUGAAGGACUGUUAGGGUUGGCCUUGUCAAAGUCUCUAGAUGAGGGCAGUAAUGUGUGCGUGAAAGACAGCAAUUACGGGGAGGGCUGCUACCCAGAGAGGGACGAAUGUCAGAGCAGGGGACCGAGCUAUAAGAUGGCAAACACGGGGCACAGCAUGGAUUCUCUGGACUCCCGAGCCCUCCGCUCAAACAGUGAAGGUUGUGGAAGUGACGCGGAAGCUGAGCAGGUGUUCAAGAUGGAGAGCAUGCAGCCCCCAACCCAGCAAAACAAAGGUUAUAUCCCACCGCCACUCCUACGGAGAAAACAAGGCCAGAACGAGAAUGGACAGGGCUGCGCUAGUCCACUUCCCAGAGCAUAUCAAAUCCAGGUCAGACCUGAGAGACCAGUUCAGGUCAACCCUGGUUGGAUUUGGAGCAAAUCACUCAGUGACAUUCCGAUGGUAUACCCUGUGCGUAAAGUUCCUGAUGGGAACACCAAUUAUGACGUGGGGCAGGACGCUGGCAUGGCACAGGAGUGGAAUCAAGAAAACAAAAGGAGGUGUAGCGUUGCCCCCAAGGACAGUGAAGCUCAGUGGCAGGAUGACUUGACAAAGUGGAAGAACCGUCGCAGGAGUACCAAGUCUGACCUCCGCAGGAAGUCGCAAGACAGAGAGCAUGUCAUUACCAAGAUGAUCAAUGGUGCUGUGACUAAUUUUGAAAAGAAUGAAGCAGGCGGACUGCUAAAGAGAGACCAGCAGUCACCACGGAGGCAUAAUCCAGCCCCCCGUCCUUACUCCACGUCUCCUCCAUCUAAAUCAACAAGCUCUGAUCUCCGGCCACGUACUCGAGCUUUACUGGCCCGCAGCUACGCCACUGAGGCACAUUUCAGCCCCACAACUCCACUUAGCCCACAUAUCCCAGCCCACUCUCAGGGAUUAUCAGUUGGAGUCAAGCCAGCCUCUGAUGGGAACAUCUUGGGUGAGGAGACCCACUUGGCUUCCCUGGCUUCAGAUGGAGCAGGAGUUGCCACGCCUUCUCUGGACUACCCUUUCAGCUCCCAGACCCAAGUCAAAGCUCAAAUCUCCAGUCUGAUCACAACUGUACAGCCAAACGAGACCAAAAAAUCAGCCACCACCAGUGAUCCCACUGCAUCUACGUCAAGUCACAAGGAACUUCCAUUCUGCAUUGAUCAGGCAGGAGAUGAUGCUCUGGAGGAGCACCAGAACCACAAGUCCCAGGAAGAGAGCCAGAAGACCUCUUGGAAACCAGCUGUGGAGCAAGGCAGAGGCCAGCAGGCUUCAGGCUACAAGUACUUGUCCAGAACUGGGUCGUGGUCUGGCUCAGCCAGCCUUCCUCGUGGUUACCGGAGGUCCGAGGGCUCAUCCCGUCUCUCUGCUGCAAUCACAGCCAGACCCUUCGGGACCAAGCAGUUCAGGGUGUCUUCACUGCCGAGGCUGUGCAAUGUGGACGACAACCAGGGUCUGCUGUUGAAAAGUGACAAAGAGGAAUCCCUUUCUCCAUUCCCCGAAUCAAAGCAGAAUGGUACAGAACAGGGGGAGGAGGUGAAAGGUGGCACUCUUUCCAGCCAGACCUCACUUCAGAUCAAUGGCUGUCAUCAGCCCUACACCCAAACCCAGCUACUGCCGCAACCUUAUUCAAACCAGCAGGCCCACCACAACAAAAGCUCGACUUUCACCUCUGAUGCGAGCAUUGACCGCCCAAAGGUGGAUCACAGUGACAUGAGAGUGAGCCUUACUCUUAAACCCAGCAGUAGACUAGACUUUGGUUUCCAGACUCGCUGGGGCUCCGCAGGGGUGACAGUCAAAUCCAUUCAACCUGGCAGUCCAGCAGAGCUUUGCCAGCUGCGUGUGGACGAUGAGAUUGUGGCGGUUAAUGGAGUAGCGGUGGCACACAUGAACUACAGCCAGUGGAAGGAUAAAAUUACAUCUUCCCUUCAAACCGGCAGUCUGACCAUGGACAUUCGGCGCUAUGGCAACAAGGAUUGGAGCACCAGUGAGGGGAUUCAGCACAACCAGCCAGGCCAGAGCAGGAUGACCCUCAAUCUGACUGCCGCAGUGCCCGUUCUGAUAGGUUGCGCUGAUCACCAUGCCAACAGUGGUCCCUCUACAGAAACCACAGUCAGAAAUGUGUCCAAAUUCAAUGGGCAGACAGACAAUGUUGUACAAGGUAAAGUCAUGCCUGGAGCGCUUGCUGACAACCACAGGACAGCCAGAAGUAAAGAUAAUAAUAAUAUUAUUAAGAAAAAUCAGACAAGGAGGGCUGAAUUUUUCAAACACAAAGGAGGUUCAGAAUCUGCAAUAUCUGAUCUCCAGGUGCCAUCCCUCAGCCCCUCCUCAUCCAGCUGGUCGUGGGACCGUGAGGAGGAUCGAAGGCGGCAGGAGAAGUGGCAGGAAGAACAAGAGCGCCUCCUACAGGAGCAAUACCAGCGGGAUCAGGAGAGGCUGGAGGCAGAGUGGCAGAGGGCACAACAAGAUGCGGUGGGGGAGUUAUGCAGGAAGUCAGUGCAGAACACCUCUGUGCUGACCAAUGGUGGUGAGGGCCCUGCCAGUACCCGGUUCCAUGUGAAUGGAUUGAUUAACAAAACUAGAGCAAAGGAGCAGAGACCUGACAGAGAUGAGCUUAAGGAAGUGGGACUAAAAUCUGAAAGUAAUGCACAAGGAGUGCAGAAUGACAAGAUUUCUGAACAGGCCUGGGCUGAGGACUCCUGUGGCUUUGCUCAGCUGUCUUCUACACACAGGGCAAAAUCCUUGUCUACCCCAGCAUUAGCUGGCCCCCACAAACAGAUUAGAGGUGAUGAGAGGAGAAGAAAAGGACAAUCUGUGUCUAAGGUUGAGCAUGAAAGGCAGCAGAUUUUGGAGGAGAUGAAGAAAAGGACUCAGCUUCUGACCGACAACAGCUGGAUACGUCAGCGCAGCAGCAGCUUUUACAAGGAACCGAUCUAUGCUGGGGUUCCUCUGAAGAGGCAUGAGUCUCUAGAUGACCUGGAUACUUUGCGUCAGUCCCCAACCUCAACUACUCCAUUCAGUUACCCUCGUCCACACUCAGCUGCGGCAGGUUACUGUGCUCCAAGCAGGAACUCCUCCUCCCGCUACAGCACUGGAUCAAUAUUAUCCCAGAGAAAUACAUCCAUGGACUCUCACCAGGGCGGGAUGGUCAGUGGCAGGAGGACUUGCUGUGUGUGUGAACGUGCCCUGGGUAGUGGGGCAGCCAUGGUCAUAGAGGCCCUAAGUCUCUGCUUCCACCUCGCCUGUUUCCAGUGUGUGGGCUGCCAUCGACGUCUCGGAGGAACUGAGACUGGAGUCCAGGUUCAAAUCCGAAAAAGGAAGCCCUACUGUGAGCCCUGCUAUUUCCAACUCAAGUCCUCUGGUGCCCCCCCCAUGUGACCAACAUGCCGUACUCCAGAUUACAGAGUAAGCAGCUGAAUCACGGGGACUUCCUGUUGGAUAAAACUAGAAAAACACUGUGGAAACAUCAUCCACACAGCCAAGCCAUGACUGUUGUGUCCUACAGUAGUUGUUGGUAAAACUGUUAACUCUAUGAUUUGAUUAAAAAUUUUGACAAUUUGUAGAUCUAUAGGUAACGUAGACUCUUGAUGGCUUUUUUUUUUUUUUUUUUUAAUCAAAUAUGAGUUUCUGUCCUUUUUUUCCUGCUGAUUUGUUUCCAAGAAAAUUUCAAUUUAAUAUAUGAAAUAAAGUAAUGAUGAGAAUUAUUGGUGCUUUUAUCUUAAUUUUGGUGUUGCUCUUUGUUUCAUAUUUCUUGUCAAUGUAACUGAACUAUGGAGACGCAUGUUAAGUUGUACUGAAGCACUUUUCUGUUCUGUUGUAAUCUCACCAAGUGCACUUUGGGAGAAAUCAUGUGAAAAUGGGCAUCUUAACUGAAAUGUUUUUUCAAAAUAAAGUGCACUGAACAUAAUCGGAAGGGUUUUAUUUGUUAUUCAUGUUUAUACCACACGGUGGCAUCAUUGGUCUCAUAGUAAAAGAGAAAUUUAAAUGUAAGACUGGAGGUAGAAAUGACAUUAUUUGAAUAUGCCCAAAUUAUUUGAGAUCAAACAAUUUGAGCAGUGAUGCCUUGUUAAAUCCUUUGUGUACAAAAUGACUUGUAUUUUUGAUAUUUUGACACUGAAACAAAAAUACAAGUGCUUGCCAGUGUGUACUUGUGUAACUUUAGCGGAUUCCAAUGGCAUCUAGUUAUAGGGAAUCCACUUACUAUGCAAGAAUUAACCGCCACUACAAAGAUGCAGCACAUUCUACAUGAGAUGCUUUAUGCUGUGAAAGACUACAACUUUUUGUUAAUCUUCUAGUCUGUUGUGUAAUGCAACAUUUCAUCUGUGUAUCAACAUUUCUUGGAACUAAAAUUGGACUAAAUGCUGUGCUUGUUUGCUCUUGUGUAGUAAGGUAUGUGGGUAAUGAACUGUAAGUCCACCCGUGAAGUUAAUCAGUAUGUAUGUAUUUUGGUAUUCUGGUUUAUCUGGUAAGUUUAAAAAAUACACCUCAAAUUGAAAUGGAGGUAUUUAAUUCUGUUAUGAUUUCUUAUCUGUGCCAGUGAACCCCAGCACCAAUAAAUUUCUUUUUUGAAA